CUAUUGUUGUUUAUUUUCAGAGGUAGUAAUUUGAAACUCUGUGUCUACGCUUUUUUUCUUUCUUUUUGUUACUACUAUUUUUCAAAGCGCCUGAUUGAGGCGAGUGGAGGGAACACGGGGACAGACAGCAAUCCCCCCACCCCCUUCCCGAAAUCGUAUCCCUGGGAAAAUACACUGCGUUAGAGAGCACGCUGUCCUUCCUCCACUCCCACAAAAUGUUUUGAUAACCGGUUUAUCAGAUCAGUGAUUCCCCCCCUCCCGCUCCUCCUCCUCUUCCUUGCUCCCCCCUCGCUUCUCCCUCCCUCCCCUCGUUUCCCCUCAAGUUACUUCAAGAAAUCAGAUCUGUCAGGACGGGCGAAAAAAAUGCCACUUCCCAACUAACAGGCGGAAUCCAGCCCAGAUUUUCAGUCCUUUCUUCUUCUUUUUUUCCUUCCUCCCUUUCACUAAUUUAUCCCGAUGUUAGCACAUUCUGUCUUGUAACACCCGGGCGCCUGUAGGUUUGGUUCAUGGGAUCAUUACUUACUGAUCAGGAUGGCUCCCAGGUCCGGGGCUGAAGACGGAGUGUGAAGUUGGGGAAACAAUUUUUUUUUUUUUUAAUUACUCUGAUGAUUAUUACUUCUUGGUGCUUAUUGAGGAAAAGCAAACAAACAAAAAUCUGGUCCUUGAUGCUUCAAUUCUGAAUGUGAAAUAUUACCUACCAGCUGGUAAAGUUGUGAGGUUCUGCAUUUUCUUUUUUUUUUUUUUUUUCUUGGUCUUUAAACAAGGAGGGAAAAAAAACUAAACAAAAAAAAAAGGACUUCUGAUCCGUGUGCCAAAGUAGGGGGAGAUAUGUUACUGACCGAUUUAUACUGGCUGAGAUGAUACUUGCGCUCUACUUCUUGAUCACUUGCUCUUUAAGUAAAAUGAGGCACAGAGUUGUUGCUGAGACGAGUGGGAACAGCAUUUUGAUUUGCUGGUUUAAUUAAAAAAUGAUAAAGGACUAAAGGACAAGGUAGACGUGGACUGCAGGUUGUGAAUGUAGACACACCUGGGGAGGAAGACAAGAAGAGUUGAACUUCAGAGAGCCAAGCGGAGAUAGAUAAACGAAUGUCCCCACAUCUCCAAAGGAAAGUUCAUCAGAUUUUGACUCUAGAGAUCUCAUCUUCAGGAUGUCAUUGAACACUUCUACUGCAGGAAAAGGUGUGGAUCCAAACGCAGUUGACACUUAUGACAGUGGCGAUGAUUGGGAAAUCGGUGUUGGGAAUUUAAUAAUCGAUUUGGACGCCGAUUUGGAGAAGGACAGACAGAAAUUUGAGAUGAAUAAUUCUAGUAAUACCACCAGCAGCAGCAACACCAGCUCCAAGGACUGUGGGGGUCUGGCUUCCAGUGGGGCUAAUGCUACCUCAGCCUUAGCUGAUGGCCUAAAAUUUGCUUCUGUUCAGCCCUCAGCUCCCCAGGGGAAUUCCUCUCACAAAGAGACUAGCAAAUCAAAAGUGAAAAGGAGUAAAACUUCUAAGGAUGCUAAUAAAUCUCUGCCUUCUGCUGCCUUGUAUGGGAUUCCUGAGAUCAGCAGUGCUAGCAAGAGGCAGGAAGUCCAAGGGCGCCCUGGAGAGGCAACUGGCAUGAAUUCAGCACUGGGUCAAAGCGUGAGCAGUAACCCAAACGGCAAUAAUACCACCACCAGCAACACCACCACCAUUGCCUCUUGUGGGAAAAACAAAGAGGAGAAACCAGGUAAAGCCCCAGGCAGCAGAGGCUCUAAGAGGGAUAAGGAUGCGGGAAAAUCCAGGAAGGACAAGCAGCAUGACCUGCAGCAGGGCCACCCCAACGGCAGUGGGGGUGGCAGCAGCCAGGCUCCCCAUGGGCACCUCUAUAGCUUUGGGGCCAAGGGAGGCGGUGGUGGAAGCAGCAGCCCCUUCCAAUGCACCUCCUCUGCCAUGGGGGAGGUGAGCAAAAGUACCCUGGAUUCAGGGCUAAUGGGGAACUCUAUUUUGGUAAAGAAGGAAGAGGAGGAGGAGGAGAGCCACAGGCGAAUCAAGAAACUGAAAACAGAAAAGGUUGAUCCCCUGUUUACAGUACCUGCACCUCCACCUCCGAUUUCCAGCAGUAUCACACCUCAGAUUCUGCCUUCCUACUUUUCCCCAUCUUCAUGCAAUAUUGCAGCACCAGUCGAGCAGCUUUUGGUACGGACUCGUUCAGUGGGUGUAAAUACUUGUGAGGUUGGAGUAGUAACAGAACCCGAAUGCCUUGGACCCUGUGAACCUGGGACCAGCGUGAACCUGGAAGGAAUUGUGUGGCAUGAAACUGAAGAAGGUGUCCUGGUGGUAAACGUUACAUGGAGGAACAAGACGUAUGUGGGAACACUGCUGGACUGCACAAAGCAUGACUGGGCCCCUCCUAGGUUCUGUGAGUCGCCAACAAGUGACCUAGAGAUGCGUGGAGGGCGUGGCAGGGGGAAGCGCGCAAGGUCCGCUGCAGCUGCAGCUGUACCUGGCAAUGAUGCCAGUUUUGCAGAGUCCAGAGGCCUUCAGAAUAAGAACCGCGGUGGUGCCAAUGGGAAGGGCAGGAGGGGCAGCCUUAACUCAAGCGGGCGCAGGACACCCCCGAACUGCUCCAUGGAUGAAGUCAAAGCUAGCCCCUCAGCCACCAGUAAGAGGAAAACUAAGCCUCCAAUGGAGCUAGAUUUGAACUCCAGUUCUGAGGACAAUAAAUCUGGAAAACGUGUUCGUACUAACUCUAGAAGCACUCCCACCACCCCACAGGGGAAACCUGAGACUACUUUUCUGGACCAAGGCUGCUCUUCUCCAGUGCUGAUUGACUGUCCUCACCCCAACUGCAACAAAAAGUACAAGCACAUUAAUGGACUACGAUACCAUCAGGCUCACGCACAUUUAGACCCAGAAAACAAACUGGAGUUUGAGCCUGACAGUGAAGACAAAAUUUCAGACUGCGAGGAAGCACUGACUAAUGUGGCCCUAGAAUGCAGUGAGCCAAGCACAAAUUUGCCAGGCUUUGAUCCACUGAAAGCACCGACAUCUCCUUCCUCCAUCACUACCCCAGGGACCCCCAAGGGAAAAAGGGAACUGACCGGCAAUGGCCCUGGUUCAGUUAUCAGUUCCAAAACUGGCAAGAAUUCUGGCAAAAAGAAAGGUCUUAACAGUGAACUGAACAGCCUUCCGGUAAUUUCUAAUAUGGCAGCCACACUGGAUAAUUGCUCGGUAGUUGAUGGAAGCUUGCAAACUGAAAUGCCAAAACUGGAGGCUGAAGGGUUAAUUGACAAGAAGAGUUUGGGUGAUAAAGGCAAGAAAGCAAACAAUUGCAAAGUGGAUAAAAACCUUUCCAAACUGAAAACAGCCAGGCCUAUUGCCCCAGCGCCAGCACCGACUCCUCCUCAAUUGAUAGCUAUACCUACUACAGCCUUUACAACCACCACCACGGGGACAAUACCGGGACUGCCCUCUCUUACAACUACUAUUGUGCAGCCUACACCAAAGAGCCCUCCGCUAAAACCUAUUCAACCAAAGCCCACAAUUAUGGGAGAGCCAAGCACUGUAAACCCAGCUCUCACAUCACUCAAAGACAAAAAGAAAAAGGAGAAGCGAAAGCUGAAGGACAAAGAAAGCAAAGAGAUGGGAAGCCCCAAGAUGGAUUCUAAGCUGGGAAAGCUGGAGGAUUCAAAAGGGUCUGGGAAAGACUUAACUGGACAUUUUUUAAAGGACCAUCUCAACAAGAAUGAAGUGCUACCUAAUGGACUGUCAGAGUCUCAAGAGAGCAGGAUGGCAAGUAUCAAGGCUGAAGCUGAUAAGGUUUACACGUUCACAGACAAUGCGCCCAGCCCUUCCAUAGGGAGUGCCUCCAGGAUGGAAUGCAGCACUUUGGUGAAUGGACAAUCUGCCAUGGCGCCACUGCACGUGUUAACACAAAACGGUGCAGAUAGCACUGCCACUAAAACCAACAGCCCCGCUUACUCAGAUAUUUCUGAUGCAGCUGAUGAUGGUGGCUCUGACAGCAGGUCAGAGGGCAUGAGGUCAAAGGCCAGCUCUCCGUCGGAUAUUAUUUCUAAUAAGGAUGGUGUUGUAAAAGGACAUUCUUCAACCACAGCACAACCGGCUCAAGCAAAAGAGUCCCAUUCUCCCUAUUACCAUGGCUACGAUCCGUAUUAUUCCCCAAGUUACAUGCACUCUGGACAGGUCAAUGCCCAGGCAGCUGGGAACAGCAGUACCCCACAGGGACUGAAAAUCAAAAAGGAGGCUGAGGAAGAGGCUGAAAAGAAAGAGAAGGCAGAACUGUCAGAUGCCAAGAAAAGCGAAAGCACUUCCUCUAAUUUGCAGCCACAACAUCAGUCAGUGAUAACUCAAAGACACCCUGCACUUGCUCAGUCACUUUAUUAUGGACAGUAUGCCUAUGGGCUCUAUAUGGACCAAAAGUCCUUAAUGGCCUCUAACCCUGCUUACAGGCAGCAGUACGAAAAAUACUAUGAGGACCAGAGACUAGCAGAACAGAAAAUGGCGCAAACUGGGAGGGACUGUGAAAGAAAGAAUGAUCCCACUUUGAAGGAGAUUGGGAAGGAUGACAACAAGCAGAAGAAUAUUCCAUCUGCCACUAUUUCAAAGGCCCCUUCAACUCCAGAGUCCAGCAAAAAUAACACUAAAAUAGGGUCAUCAGUACCUAACAAAGGUGAGGAGACAAGUAAAUCACAGAUCCUUUCCAAUCACCAGCAGCAGCUUCAAGCUGACAGCUUCAAAGCCAAACAAAUGGAAAACCACCAGCUUAUAAAGGAGGCUGUGGAGAUGAAAUCUGUUAUGGACUCCAUGAAGCAAACGGGAGUAGAUCCAACUACAAGAUUUAAACAGGAUCCAGAUUCACGAACAUGGCAUCAUUAUGUCUAUCAGCCCAAAUACCUUGAUCAGCAAAAAUCUGAAGAACUUGAUCGUGAAAAAAAGUUAAAAGAAGACAGCCCUAGAAAAACACCUAACAAGGAAAGUUCCCUGCCUAACCUUCCUGUCUCAUUAGCAAGCAUUAAAGAGGAGCCUAAAGAGGUCAAGCGUUCUGAUUCUCAAUCAGUGGAUGAGAGCAAGAUAAAAAACGAUGAUCGAAAGACUCCUGUAAAUUGGAAGGACUCUCGGGGUGCUAGAGUAGCAGUUUCCUCCCCAAUGAGUCAGCAUCAGUCCUAUAUCCAGUACUUGCAUGCUUAUCCUUAUCCACAGAUGUACGAUCCCAACCAUCCAGCCUACCGCGCAGUCUCUCCUGUCCUAAUGCACAGCUAUCCUGGGGCCUAUCUCUCUCCAGGAUUUCAUUAUCCAGUUUAUGGGAAGAUGUCAGGGAGAGAAGAGGUGGAGAAAGUCAAUACCAGUCCAAGCAUCAAUGCAAAAUCAACCACUGAGUCCAAAGCACUGGAUUUGCUCCAGCAGCAUGCCAACCAAUAUCGCAGCAAGUCCCCUGUUCCUGUGGAAAAAUCAGCAGCUGAGCGUGAACGGGAAGCAGAAAGGGAACGAGACCGUCAUUCUCCUUUUAGCCAGCGGCAUCUCCAUACGCACCAUCACACACAUGUUGGAAUGGGUUACCCCCUUAUACCUGGACAGUAUGACCCAUUUCAAGGAUUGACCUCUGCUGCCCUCGUUGCCACUCAACAGGUGGCUGCGCAGGCAUCUGCAUCCGGUAUGUUUCCUGCACAAAGAAGGUAAAUAGCCAGUAAAUCUCACAUUAUAUAUCUUUGCCAGAUAUAGAAAGGAAGAAGCAAAUCAUAAAUUUUGUAGCCUGAUAGUCUGCAGUAUAACACAGUUUUUAAAGGUGAAGAAAAACCUGGGACUUUGAAUUAAUUGUAGUUCUAUUUUCUUUAAGGUGAACACUUUGUCCUUAGUUGUAGCCUUUAACUGUGAUGUAGAUCAUUAACAAGGAACAAGUAGUCUGUCUUCUGAGAUUUUCCACAGACUAUGUUUUAAGGAUUGGUAUUAACAUAAAACAAAUUAUUAUGAAAUAUAAUUUAAAAUGCAAAUUUUUUAUUAGAGGGGUUUAAAGUUCAUGUUCAGUUAGAUCCAUGUACUACCAGGAAAACUUACAAUUUUAUCUAUCCUGCAAGUCUGCCUGGUUUGCUGAUUUUGCUUUCAGAGAAGUUUGCUUGGGAGUCCAUUAGAGGUGACAUCAUAUUUAAGUUACAUGCCCAUUCCACACAUUUGCCUUUAAGUUAUUUACUAGGUUUUCAGUAGAAUUUACUAUUCCAACCAACCAUCUUCAAGAGCAAACAGACUCUUCUGUAUUAUAAUGAUCCCAUAUUGAGUGAAAAGGCCAAGGUAUCCUUAACAUAGGGCUUCUUUCAUCACUGCCAUGUUAAGCCUGAGCCUAGUAUAUUUCAUGGUUAUGACUGUCUUUCUGAAAGCUGACUCUGAAAACAAGCGAGUGUGUGAGGCUUGUAGCUAGAAUUAUUUGAGUGAGAAAGGUUUGCAGCCCUGGGAGAGCUGAUGGUGUCAGAACUCAGAAGAUAAAUUCUGGCACAAGUUACUCGUUAGUAUGUUGUUCCUGGCAGGGGAGGGAUGAGGACAUGGCUUGCUGCCUUUCCUUCUUGGGAUUGAGAGUACUGUACAGAUUUCAUUUUGUGAUGUAUCCAAGGCACAGAAAAAAAACUAGGAGGAAUGGAUACUGCAUACUAAAACAUUCUUUUUUCUCUUUUCAGAGAAUGAUGAGUUUGGAAAUGUACAUUGUCAUGUGACUGGAUCACAUGAGGAAGCGCUUUAUUACAGACAUCAGUUCCAUGGUGUUAAUUUGAAAUGCCUUAAUGGCAGGCAAAAACCAGUCAUUUCAUUUUUGUAAAUUGCAGAUUUUAUCACAGAGUAACAAAUGUUGCUGUAAUUAGACUUCUGUUUAUAUAUAUAUAUAUAUGCGUAUAUAUAUAUACAUAUACAUAUAUAUAUAAAAAUAUAUAUAUUCUUUACUUUUUUUGUAUCAGUACCAAGGCUCGCACACAGGGUCUGCUGCUAAGUUGCGAACCACACAGUAAAAGGAGAUAUGUAUUUGUCAUGUUUAGAAAGCGUUAACCACAAAAGGCUGUUCGUUUCUUUUCUUCUUCCUUCUUUUUUUUCUCUCUUUUUUUUUUUUUCUUUUUUCCUUUUCUUUCCAAUUGUAAAUAAAUAAUGUUAUGUAUCAGUGUGCCUGAACCUUGCAUACCCUUCUGGUAUUUCCCACAAGCUCUCAGAGAGGCUAACUGUGAUGACACUUUGGUACAAUGUAGAUGUCUAUUUGGUGGCUCCUAUUAAGAUGCAUCAGUGUAAAAUGUUAUAUUCACUGUUUCAUUGUAAUUGUGUAUUGUGAAAAAUAUACCUUUGGAAGGCAUGGGGAUUCUAGUACCACAAAAACUGUGUUGUAUAUAAUGUAUAGAUUUUAAAUGGAGAUAAUGAGCAUCUGUGAAUAAUGAAAUGUCUUUUUUGAUAAUCUUGAAUGGUGGAUAACCUAAUAGCCUGCAUACCAGAAGACACCUGUGAUUGUUCUAUUACUUGAAUAGUCCUGCAGUCUUUUUUUUAAUGUUUACAAUUACCCAGUUUUAGAAGAGAGACUUUAAUGCCAUUGCCUGGUUACUUGUUUUAUGCUGUAAUCUAGUUUAUUUUAUGUAAAGCAUAUAUUGGAUGCUUUCAUUUUUAUACCUGCCUUAAACAAUUUGGCAAUCAGAAUAAAUAAAAAAGAGGUUGGUUUUAUACUUUAGUGGUGCCUAUGGCCCACUUCAAAAGAUGUAUCAGAGGCGAGGACAGCAGAGGCUGCAGCUGCCACACAGGUACUAGUGUGUGUGUGCCCUGAGGCCCUCCCUGGGGCUCACUUACCGGUGUGUACCUGCAGCCAUCCCUGCCUCCCCACCCGGGCUGGCCUCUACCAGUGGGCACUGUGGGGCCCAACCCAGAUGGCAAUGGGCCUCUUUCAGUUGACCCUGACAGGCUCAAAUAAGGCCCAUUGUAACACCUUGGAUGCUAUUAGUGGAACUUACUUUAAUGACUGGUUUAGAGCAGCUCUGUGUGCUGUAAAUUAUAGACAAAUUUUUUCCUAUUAUAUCUGUAUUAUCCCACCUCCAAAAUGAAUAGAUGCCUAAACCAGAGGACCUGACAAUUAAAAAAAAAAAGUCCUUUGCUGCGCUUAACCUGCAUUACCCCAAAGUACAUACUUUAUGUGGCUAUACUACCUGUUUUGUUACAGUGCGGUUAACACAGUUCACAGUAAUAUGAAAUCACUAAUCAUGAUUAGGAAAAAAAAAAAAUCAAAUUUGCUGGUCAGGUUUCCAAGGCUUUAACUUUUAUCCUUUCUUUCUUAUCCCUGUUAUACUGAUUGUCAAAACUGUUUUUUAAAGUUUUACUGUUUUGCUUGGGUUUGUGUUUGUUUUUUUGACAGGGUGAAUUACUGCAAGUUAAAGCUUGUUCUUGAAGUUGGUUCCAUUUCUUCUACCUUGUGAAUACAUAAUACAGAAGGAUGAAUUAAAGAUUCCCAACAGACAAGCACACUUGGACUUUUUAUAUUAGUAUGAUGAAUCUGCCAUUAAUAUUGCUAUAAUUGUUUUAUUUUUAUAGGCAUAAAAUCAGUUCCCUUAGUGACUAGUUAUAAGGUUUAUUGAUUUUUACUACACAUCAUUCAUCUGUAGCUUAUUCUUAUUGUCUUGUUCUGAACACAUUCAGAAGUCUCACAGUGGUGGCAUACGGCAAAUUAGCCUCAUAAAAAAUGGGAACGAAGGGGUGUUUUCUUUCAAAAGGGGAUAUUGUGAAUGCAGGGCUCUUGAAAUAAUAAAUGCCUUAUUACUUCUAUAGUAAAGGCUCAGAUGA